CGUCAGAGAUUCUCAUCUUGAGUGUUGUAAAAAGAGCUUUUCUUAACAUCAUUUGAGAACAACAACCAUUCCUCGUACCUUGUACCAGUAAAUCCAUGGAAGAAUCAGUUUAAAAAGUUGAGAGCUAACAUGUUUUAUCAGAAUAUAUAUGCUUUUGCCAGGGCUACAUUCCUCCUACCUAUAUUCUACUACUACUACUACUACUACUACUUUUUUUUUCUUCAUUCACCAGAUUUUGGCAUAAAACGUGUAUUUUUGUACCCUUUCCUCAAAUCAUGGACCCCCUUACCCCCACAUGCCAUCUUUUUAAUAAUUAUAAUAAUUCAUGGGUUUAUAUAAUUCAGAAGAAUACUAUAAACAAUAAUAUCAAACAGUAACACACAAAUUCCACAGCAUAGGACACCUCCAACCAGUUCAGAAACAAUACUAGCUACUUGAGGCCUACUACAGCUUUUUUUUGCUCAAGUGUUUGUUCCCUUCUUCCCCUUCCUUCCCUCUCUCUUAUCCCUCUCCACAAAACUUCUUGAUAUCCUUAUCUAUUAUUAUUCCUCCCCAAGAAAAGAAGAAGAAGAAGAAGAAAAAAAAAAGAGAAAAAUUAGCCCUGUUGCCACCACAUUCUGAAUAGAUUAAAAUUCCCAUAUUUUGGAGGCUAAUUUUUGGAUUGUUUCUAAUGGAGAUUAUUGAUUGCCAACAUCAGAACAUGAGACAGAAAAACGAAGAAGAACCAGAUGAAGAUGAGCUGAAGAAGCAGCAAGAAGGAAGAACAAGAACAGAAGAAAUCCAACAAGAAAAUAAACAGCAGCAGCAACAGCAACCAUCUCCAACUUCAUCUCCUUCUCAUGAAUUUUCUUUUACAAUUUCUCUACAACCACCACAAAUAUCUUCUUCUUCUUCUUCUUCUUCUUGCUGUUCAUCAUCUUUAGUCUCAUCAAGUUGUGAUAAAACCACAACCACUUGUAGUAGUACUAAUACAACAUCAGCCUCUGCGGAAAAAUCCACGUCCAAAUCGUCUCCACCUUCAUUUGCACUGGAUUUAUCUCCGGCUGAUGAAAUCUUCUUCCAUGGCCAUUUACUCCCUCUCCACCUCCUCUCCCACCUACCCGUUUCGCCCCGUUCUUCCACGAAUUCUUUAGACAGUUUUACCCUCCCAAUCAAAGAUUUACAUCAUCAUCAUGAUCAUCAUCAUCAUCAAGAGAAAAACUCAACAUCCAAUCAGAAAGUUGGUCAAAACAACCCAAUGAACAGAAGAAUCAUUGAUGAGUACUACGAAACAAGAGAUCAAAGGAACAUUAAUACAGGACGGCCAACGAAAUCAAAAUCCUUUUCGCUUUUCGGGUUGUCUUCAAAAUGGAGGAAAGAUGAUCACACGGUUAUUACAAAGGAAAAGGAAGACAACAACAACAACAACAACAAAGAGAGACAAAAAAGGAAACUGAAACUGGACAACGUGAGUCAUGUGUUGAAAAGGUACAUGAGAAUGGUUAGGCCACUUUUAUCAUCAUUCGGGAAUCGAAGAAAUAAUAACACUGGUGAUGUACGGUAUCAUCACCGUGAAGGGUUUUCGUAUUCCGGGAAUCUGAGUCUCCGGCGUAAGCCGGCGGAGCUGAUUGUCGGAAGAAGAGGUGAGUUUUCGGCUCCGGCAUCGAUGAGGACUUCUCCAAAUAAUAGUGGGAUUUUGGUGGCUUCGGGUCCUCUUUCGCCGACUAACUUUAGUACUAAAAGUGAUAGUACAAUGGAAGAGUUGCAGGCUGCAAUUCAAGCUGCCAUUGCUCAUUGCAAGAAUUCCAUUGCUGUGGAAGAUAAGAUCAAGUGUCCAGCUGAACCAUGAGUACUUAAUUAGAGAUACUAUCUGGAAAUGUGUAGUUUUUUUUUUUUUUUUUUUGGGGAAAAUUAAUUAUUUUUGUAUCAAGAAUGAAUACAUAGAUAUGGAUGGGGGAAGGUGUGGGAAUAGUAAAUUUGGUAAUUGUAUAAAAUUCGCAUUAUUCAAGUGUAUUCAUUUGACACUACCUUGAGUAUUGUUACUGCUAGUUACUUUAAUCGGGAUAAUUUGUUUUUUUUUUUUUUUU